GCUGUGGUGCGGCGCCCGACUGCGCCAUGCUGUUGCUCUCGCUGGCCGGCUGCCAGCAGCAGGUCCGCUUCUUCUCUCGGGCAGGCGUUCCGCUCGCAUGACCGAUGCCGCUGCCGUGUCCGUGCGCCGAUGUUCAUCUCCUUCCUACAGCUGAUUGCGCACAGGUCUCAAGUGCCUCUGUCUCUCGUCCCGACCACCAUCACGGCGCCGCAGCUCUCGCCUCCCUGCCCAGCCCUUGCCCGCCAUGACCUCGACUGACCGCCAGCAGAAGCGCUGGAUCCUCUAUGCCUUCUCGAUGGGCUGCUCGGGCCACCAGACGCCCGGCUGCUACGCGCAUCCGGCGGACAAGAGCAUCUUCCACAACAAGCUCUCGUACUGGACCGACACCGCCAAGCUGCUGGAGGCCGGCAAGUUUGACGGCAUCUUCCUCGCCGACGUGUGGGGCGGCUACGACGUGUACACGAAGAGCCUGGCGCCCGCUCUGGCCACCGGCUCGCAGUUCCCAGUGAUCGACCCUCUGAUGACGAUCUCGGCCAUGGCGGCAGUCACCAAGCACCUUUCCUUCGGCAUCACGGCCACGACGUCGUAUGAGCACCCGUACGCGCUGGCCCGCCGCUUCUCCACGCUCGACCACCUGACGAACGGCCGUGUCGGCUGGAACGUCGUCACGGGCUAUCUCGACUCGGCCGCGCGCCAGUUCGGCGCAAAGAACCAGGAGAAGCACGCUAAGCGCUACGAAAUCGCGCACGAGUACAUGGACGUCGUGUACAAGCUGUGGGAAAGCUCCUGGGCGGACGACGCUGUCAAGCACGACAUCUCCAAGCCGCUCUACACCGACCCUGAGCGCGUCAAGGAGAUCAACCACAAGGGCGAGUACUACGAGGUGCCCGGGCCGCACAUCUGCGAGCCGAGCCUGCAGCGCACGCCCGUCAUCUUCCAGGCUGGCUCGUCUGGUCCAGGCCUUGCCUUUGCUGGCAAGCACGCCGAGGUCAUCUUCAUUGCCGCACACGCACCGCAGGUGGCCAAGUCGCGCGUGGACGGCGCGCGCAAGGCGGCGGCCGAGGCGGGCCGUGACCCGGCCAACCUGCGCGUGCUGGCGCUCCUGCUGCCGAUCGUCGCCAAGACGGACGAGGAGGCGGAGGCCAAGCACAAGGAGUACCUGUCCACGAUGUCCGAGGAGGGCGCGCUGGCGCUCUUCGGAGGCUGGACCGGCAUUGACCUGAGCGGCUACGCACCCGACGAGGAGCUGCGCAACCUGCCCGAGGGCAAUGCAAUCAAGUCUGCCGUCGAGGGCUUUGCGCGCGCGGACCCGACGGUUGGCAAGUGGACGAAGAGCGAGGUCGCGAAGCAGCUCAAGAUUGGCGGUCUGGGCCCCAACAUUGUCGGCAGCGCGCAGACGGUGGCAGACAAGCUGGAGGCCUGGGUGAACGAGGCGGGCGUCGAUGGCUUCAACUUUGCCUACGCCACGUCGCCCGGCACAUUUGUGGAUGUGAUCGAGCUGCUGGUGCCCGAGCUGCAGAAGCGCGGCCACGUCUGGGGCGACUACCCGCAGCAGGGCGCCGCGCCCACCAACUGGCCCUCGGCCAAGCACACGACGGGCCCCAAGGGCUUCGGCGAGGAGGAGCAGCUCGGCCUGACGCUGCGCGAGAAGCUGUACGGCGCCGGCGAGCGCCGGCUGCCCGCCGACCACUACGGCUCCAAGUUCCGCUGGCAUGCGGGCAAGCCGCAGCCUGACCUGCAGAACUAGCAGGGCGAGCUGGCGAAAUGAGACGGGAUGCGAUAUGCCAGGUUGCGCGGGAGUGACUGAUACAGAAGAGGUGGUACAGGGAGCGAGGCGCGACGGAGCGGACGGACGGCAGCAGCAUCAGCCCGCGGCGGGCUUGAUCUUGUCCAUGAAGAUGUUCCAGAACGACUGGUCGAACGAGGGCGCCGCUGCGCCAGCCUCGAUGCCGCCCGGCUGCGAGCCCCAGGCGGGCGCAGGCAGCGUGCUGAGCUGCACGCCGUUGACCACCUGUGGCGCUGGCGGCGCAGCGCGAAGCGGCGCG